AUCAGGAACCAUAAUCAAAAUGAAAGCUAUCGUGUUGGCGAUGUUCGUGGCCGUGGCUCUGGCUGACAGGCCGUCUUUCUCCUACGACGCCCCUACACCCCGCCCAUCCGCCCCCGUCAGACUGGUCGAAAUCGUCCGCGACGAUCGAGUCCAUCCUGCUGCUGACGGCUCUUACACCUUCGACGUCGAGACCGAGGACGGCAUCGUCAGACACGAGGCUGGUGGCCCAGGAGGUGCUCAGCAAGGCUCAGUCAGCUUCACCUUCCCGGAUGGCCAAGUGUUCGACCUCCAGUUCGUCGCCGACGCCAACGGUUACCAGCCUCAGUCGCCCUACUUACCUGUGGCUCCUGCCUUCCCUCACCCUAUUCCCGCCCACGCCCUCGAGCAGAUCGAGCGAGGUCGUCUUGAGCAUGAAGCUCGCGCCCGCGGAGAACUGCGUGAGUCGUCCAGCCACGGUCACUCCGCUCCUUCACAACUCUACGGGCCCACCUUAACGAUGAAGAGAGUGAGUCCUUAUAUCUCUUCCGAGGUCUGCAACCAGCCCAUCAUCUCCGAAGGAGUGUUGCGACGAUCCAGUCCUUCCUGCAGUUAA